UUUUCGUCUACAUUUGUAUUCCUUAUCCAUGGCACUAGAAAGUAUUUGCGGCGUCAGUCGCUGGCCCUUCAUGCGGCGCUUCGAUCAUGUCCAGACCGAGUGGCAGCUGGAGCAGCUGCGCGAUGGCACCAGCAACUUUGAGAAUCCCUACGCCCUGAUGGCUCCACCUUUCGAAAAUCCAGCGUUGAAUCUAUCCAAAAUUGUGGACCAUUGUGGCAUUCGAAUGGACUUCGCGCAUGGCACAACCACCUUGGGUUUCAAGUACCAGGGCGGAGUGGUGCUCUGCGCGGACUCGAGGGCCACUUCGGGACAGUACAUCGGCUCGCAGACGAUGAGGAAGAUCGUCGAGCUGAACGACUACAUGCUGGGCACACUGGCGGGAGGGGCGGCCGACUGUGUCUACUGGGAUCGAGUGCUCGCGCGGGAUUGCCGGCUGCACGAGCUGCGCUUCAAGCGUCGCAUGUCCGUGGAUGCAGCGGCGCGGAUGAUUGUCAACAUAUCCGCAGAGUACAAGGGCAUGGGCCUGGUCAUGGGCAUGAUGCUGGCCGGCUACGACGAUGAGGGACCGAAGCUCAUCUACGUGGACUCGGAGGGUGUGCGCUGCCACGGCAAUGUUUUCUCCGUGGGCAGCGGCUCGCCCUAUGCCCUGGGCGUGCUCGACACGGGACACCGCUUUAUGAUGACCGACCAGGAGGCCUACGAUCUGGCCAGGCGCGCCAUCUACCAUGCCACCAGCAAGGACGCCUACUCGGGUGGCAUUGUCCGGCUGUACCACAUCAAUGCCGAGGGCUGGCGGAACAUCUCCAACACGGACUGCUCGGAGCUCCACGAUGUCUACUGCAAGGACGAUAACUCGUGCGACAGUGCAGGCACUUCGGGUGGCUGUCCCAACGAACUGCCCUGUUCGAGUGGUUCACAGCGGCCAAAGGCGCUGCCCGAGAAUGAGGUCCUUGCGCAGGUGGCAGCCGUCACCCAGGAGGGAAACUAAUGCCAAAUUUGCACGUGUCUGAGAGCUUUUUGAGCGCUUG